AUGCUUUUGCGCCGCUCUGGCGCAUUGCUCUUCCGCAGAACACCUUUGUGGCUUGCCGAUGAUGGAGCUGGACUUUUUGAGCGUUACACAGAAAUUGACAAUUCUAACGAGCGGCGAAUAAAUGCACUGAAAGCUUGCGGAAUGUUUGAUGACGAGUGGAUUGCCACCGAAAAGGUGCACGGCGCCAACUUCGGGCUCUAUUCUAUCGACGGUGAUAAAAUGAUACGCUACGCGAAACGAAGUGGGAUAAUGUCGCCCACAGAGCAUUUCUUUGGUUAUCACAUUUUGGUUCCUCAACUGGAGCAGUGCGCCACUGCCAUCCGCGAGAUGCUCUGUAGCAAGCUGCAAAAGAAGCUUCACACUGUUCUUGUGAACGGCGAGCUUUUUGGGGGAAAGUAUGACCAUCCGAGUCUACCAAAGUCGCGGAAGACAGUUAUGGUAGCAGGUAAGCCGCGAACGAUUAGUGCUGUGCAAACAGAUUCGUUCCCCCAGUACAGCCCCGAUCUCCACUUCUAUGCAUUUGACAUCAAGUACAAGGAGAGCGCGGACGCCGAGUACAUUACCCUUACAUUUGACGAGGCGACGGAGUUGUUUCAGAAUGUUCCGGGUCUGCUGUACGCAAGAGCUAUCAUUCGAGGCCCCAUGUCAAAAGUCGCGGCCUUUGAUGUGGAGNAUGGUCCGGGUCUGCUGUACGCAAGAGCUAUCAUUCGAGGCCCCAUGUCAAAAGUCGCGGCCUUUGAUGUGGAGCACUUCGUCACGACUAUUCCCCCGCUUGUGGGGAUGGGCAACUACCCACUCAAAGGCAACUGGGCGGAGGGACUCGUGGUGAAGCAUGCGAGACGGGGAACGCCGGGCUUCGACCCGAAGGGGCUGACAAUCCUGAAAUUCAAAUGCACCGCGUUCCAGGAGAUAUCCACCGACAGGCGCCAGGGACCGCGUGUGGACGAGAUGGAAAGCGUGAGGCGAGACUCUAUUAGUCGCUCAGGUGUGCAGCUUCCCGACCUGGAGAGUGUCGUACAGGACCCGGUGCAGCUGGAGGCUUCACGCUUCCUGCUCGAUCACGUCUGUGAGAAUCGUCUGAACAGUGUUCUGUCGAAGAUUGGGACGGAGCCGUUCGAGAAGGAGGAAAUGACGUCCGAUGAGUUGGCGACGCUGCUAGCCAAGGACGCCCUGAAGGACUUUCUCAAGGACGCAGACCCCGCCAUUGUGAACACGCCUAUACUGACACGAAGGGACAUGGCUAGGUACGUCUUGUUCGAGUCGAGAAGGUUGGUGUGCUCGCGCUGGAAGAAUAUUCUUCAGCGGCAGGCAUCAGACACAGGUGGAUGA